GACCUGGUCCGGAAAGGGAGAUUACACAGGGCAUUCACAUCAAAACAGAGUAAUCAAUAGACAAUUCAGUUUUGAUUAUGGACUACGAAUUUAAGCAAAAAACUGCACAAGAGAGAAAAAAAGUUGAAGACUUGUUCGAUUAUGAAGGAUGCAAAGUUGGACGUGGAACAUAUGGCAGCGUUUACAAGGCUGAAAGCAAAGAUAGCACUGACGGAAAGGAAUAUGCACUGAAGCAGAUAGAAGGCACUGGGAUAUCUAUGUCCGCAUGUCGGGAAAUAGCACUUCUUAGAGAAUUGAAACAUCCUAAUGUCAUCAGUCUACAAAAAGUGUUUCUUUCUCAUCAAGACCGGAAAGUCUGGCUCCUGUUUGAUUAUGCUGAGCAUGACCUGUGGCAUAUUAUAAAGUUUCACAGAUCAGCAAAAGCAGCUAAGAAGCAGAUCAGUGUCCCAAAGAAUAUGGUGAAAUCGCUUCUGUUCCAGAUCUUGGAUGGAAUUCAUUACCUCCAUGCAAACUGGGUUCUUCACAGGGACUUGAAGCCUGCAAAUAUUUUGGUUAUGGGAGAGGGUCCAGAGAGAGGACGGGUUAAAAUUGCUGAUAUGGGGUUUGCCCGUUUGUUUAAUGCCCCGUUGAAGCCUCUGGCUGACCUUGAUCCAGUGGUGGUCACAUUCUGGUACCGGGCUCCAGAGCUCCUCCUUGGGGCUAGACACUACACAAAAGCCAUUGACAUAUGGGCAAUUGGCUGUAUAUUUGCUGAGCUGUUGACAUCAGAGCCUAUAUUCCACUGUCGUCAAGAAGACAUUAAAACUAGCAAUCCAUACCAUCAUGACCAGCUGGAUAGAAUAUUCAAUGUUAUGGGAUUUCCAUUAGAGAAAGACUGGGAGGAUAUCAGAAAAAUGCCGGAGCAUGGAACAUUAAUGAAGGACUUCAAGAGAUCAAGUUAUGUGAAUUGCAAUUUAACCAAGUAUAUGGAAAAGCAUAAAAUAAAACCAGAAGGAAAAUCAUUCCAUUUGCUUCAAAAAUUACUGACAAUGGACCCCACAAGAAGGAUCACUUCAGAGCAGGCAAUGAUGGAUCCAUACUUCUUAGAAGAGCCAAAACCUACUGGCGAUGUAUUCGAAAACUUUGCAAUUCCAUACCCAAAGCGAGAAUUUCUCACCGAUGAUGAAGAGGACAAAGGAGCUUCUGGUGCUGCCAGCAAGACGAUGAAUGAUGCAGCUUCUACACAUGGCCAGCAGCCUCCAGCCAAGCGGGUGAGAGUGAUGCCCCCUACCUCAUCCACUGCCGCUUCUAUGGUCACCACUGAAUAUCAGCACAUGCACGUGCAGGGUCAAGGUGGCAGCCAACAAAUGUCUUUCAAUUCUGGAAGCCUGACACAGACAUCAUCAGCUACUUCCUCAGCAUACCAGCCAAGAUUCUAGCACAAGAGGAAUGCAAUGGUUGUUCUUAUAUGGAAAUAUCAAAUAUUACAAAAGUGCUGCUAGCUGUCAAAAUUGUGGAAUGGUAGAAAAAGAAAUUAGUGUAUGCUAUUUUAUAAUGUGCUGUAGCUGAAUGGGUAGUUGUCAUCGUCAUGCAGUGACAUACAGAAGUGACAGUAACUGUUUAUAAACAUCUUAUUAUGUACAACACUAUGUUUUCCAGAUUGGUAAGAUCUGCAUGUAAUUACAGUGUAAUAAUAACAAGCAAA